AUGUCUUCCAAUAUCGAGAUUGAAUCGCUCAAAGCAAAAUAUGCUGCCGCUGGACAAGAGCAUCUAUUUUCUUUUUACGAUGAACUUGGUCCAGAAGAGCAGAAUUCGUUAUUUGACCAAUUAUCAAAACUUGACGUUGAACGUGUCAACCGUAUUUUUAAAAAAGCCGUUUCAGGCUCCGAAGCAGCUUCCGCGUCGCAACAAGCCAGUCUUGAACCUUUACCAGAUGAAGUUUUUGACUCUGUUCUGGAUGCGGAUGAAGUGAAAAUAAAAAAUUGGGAGACGUUGGGCCUAAAAUUGAUCGCUGAAAAUAAAGUAGCCGUCAUAUUAAUGGCUGGCGGUCAGGGUACUCGUUUAGGUUCGAGUGCACCAAAAGGCUGUUAUGAUAUUCGUUUGCCUUCUGCAAAGUCAUUAUUUCAGCUUCAAGCAGAACGUAUUCUGAGACUUCAAAAGUACGCCCAGGAAACUACUGAGACCGUUUCAAAGGUGAUUAUACCUUGGUAUGUCAUGACCAGUGGCCCAACAAGACCAGCCACCGAAGCAUUCUUCAAGGAACAUAAUUUCUUUGGCCUCCAAGAAGAGAAUGUGAUCUUUUUUGAGCAAGGUACUUUGCCUGCUUUGACCAAUGAUGGUAAAAUAUUUUUGGAAACCAAAUCAAAACUUGCCAUUGCUCCCGAUGGUAAUGGUGGAAUUUAUGCGGCAUUACGUUACGAAGGAGUAUUAGAUUCAUUGAAGACGCGUAAUAUCUCAUAUGUUCACGCUUAUUGCGUCGAUAACUGUUUGGUUCGCGUUGCUGAUCCGGUAUUUAUCGGAUAUUGCGUUUCCAAGAAUGCUGAUUGUGGCGCCAAGGUCGUUCGAAAAUCAUCUCCCGAGGAACCCGUAGGUGUGAUUGCUAUCAAAAACGGAAAAUUUAACGUUGUAGAAUAUAGUGAAAUUGAUCCCGCUAUUGCCGCUACAACAACCCCCAAUGGUCAAUUGGCUUAUCGUGCUGCGAACAUUGCGAAUCAUUUUUACACUGUCGAUUUCCUUAAUCGUGUCGAGUCAUUUGAGAAUGAACUCGAAUAUCACAUUGCCAGAAAGAAGAUCAAGCAUGUUGAUAUUACCACUGGUGAAUUAGUCUCGCCUAGUAAACCCAAUGGAAUGAAACUCGAACUAUUUGUGUUUGACGUGUUUCCAUUCACCGAAAAUAUGGCAGUUUUCGAAGUCGACCGAAAAGAAGAAUUCUCUCCACUCAAGAAUGCCCCAGGCACUGGAGUUGAUGAUCCCGAAACUAGUCGACGCGACAUUAUUAAUCAACAUAUCCGAUUUGUCGAGCGCGCUGGUGGCAAAGUUGUUGCUGGUGACGGGGAAUCUUCAACAGAUCUGUUAAAUUUUGAGAUCUCACCGUUGGUUACAUAUGCUGGUGAAGGAUUAGACGGUUUAAAGAACAUAACAAUCCGUACUCCUGCGGUUAUUGAGACAGUGGCCGAUCUUGACAAAUUAAUUCAUUAA